CGGCGACGGCCAUAUUGAUGGAAAGGAGCUGCAAACAGCGGUGUUGUUGGGAAAGACUUUGCAAGCUGAUCAUGCCGGAGGUGAAGAAAACGCACCACAACUGGCCGUUGAAGACGUCCAGGCACGGAUGAAGCUUCUACACCCUGCAAAGUUCGGCUCGUUCGAGAGCGACGUUGCCACUGCCUACAGCAGUACAGACGAGCAUGUGGACCUGGACGGGAAGGCUUCUGCUAUGGAAAUAAAACUCGCGUACCAAAUGCAAGGGGAGAGGAAAGAAAUGUCGAUCACAACUGACGAAGAUACGGUCCGAGACACUGUGAACCAAUACUUAGGAAGCGAGGCAAUCGCUAGCAACGCUGAGCUUAAGACCUAUGACUUUGACGAAGACGGAAAGAUCUCCCUGGCCGAACUCAAGGUGAUUCACGAGCUUCGUCGAAACCACGGGAAGUUCGACAAUCGACCGCACUCCCUCGGUGGCAUUGAAUUACUUCAGGACCUACUGCCAGAGACGCAAGAAGCCGAGACGUAUUGGACCGCAUUCCAAGGUCUAGACGGUCAUUCCGCCGGUCAAUGGAGCAGAGAAGAAAUUCUUCUUGCGGUGCGGCAGGCUCCGGCGGACGAUUCCGCAAGCGACCUCCUGACUGAGAAGGCCGGAGUAGAUCCGAUCGGCCUGGAUGAGAUGAAUACCAACUACCGAGACAUGAUACAGGCAUUGCAAAUAGACGGGCGAGCAUCCGACUCCGAGCAUAAAGCAGAUGACUUUAAGAUGCGGGACCUCAACGGCGACGGCGGAAUUGACUCCCGUGAACUGCAG